AUGAAUAACCCUUCAACUUCUUCUCCUUCUACUUCCAUAACCUCUCUUUCACGAGAGAUUCUUCUCAAAAUUCUCACAGGUCUUCCUCCCAAAUCCGCAGUGCGAUUCAGAUGCACCUCCAAAUUCUUCCAUGCUCUCAUACCGGAGCCACGCUUCGCGUUCAGAAUCCUCGUCUCUCUCCCAUCCAAAACCCGCCCCAUACUAAACCUAUACUCCGUGAAUUACAGCGAAGACAGCCAUGGAAACCUCCAAGCCGACACCGCCGAACGUUUGGACACACGAGAUUUAGUAUGUCUGGCCGGCUCGAGUUCCGCCGACGGCAAGCUUUGUCUGCUCAGCGACGAAUUGGGAGACGACGCCGUCUUCGACCUUAGUACCCGACGAAGUAUUCCUCUUCCCAGAUUUUCUCUGCCGCCAUACCGUUACCUCAGCUGCGGUGUCUUGGGUUUUGGCUUCUUUUUUUACCGCCGGAGGUUCCCCGGCCGGCCCAUCUCCUCCCGGACGGUCUUGGGGUUCGACUCGGUUUCGGGAAAGUACAAGGUUUUCAAGCCGGCGGUGUACUAUGAUUCCGACGGGAUGUUUAAUCGGCUUUGGGUUUUUACUCUCGGAGUGGAUGAUUCAUGGCGGGAGAUAGAGAUAGAGAUAGAGAUAGAGGUAGAGAGAGACAACAGAUACAUCGACGCCGUCGUCCACGUUAACGGGACCGUCUAUUUGGUUCCUCGUACCAAAUCAAGAAUCACCGCAAUGGACGUCGCGACGGAGAGGCUAACGGCGUUGAUACCGUUUCCGUCGGAGUAUCAGCCCGGGCGGCCAUGGAUGAACUUGAAUGGUCUGCUGGCUUUCGUUAACGUUCCUAAAAGAGGAGACCCGGAGUGGGGAAUGGAGGUAUGGACGCUGGGGAGGGCGGUGGAAUGGGAGAGGCGCGCGGUGGCUCCGCCGUCGGAGGAGGAGAGGGAGGUGAUCCGAGAAGCUACUUCGAUGGGUUUUGCUUCGAAUAGUAUGGGGGAGAUUGUGUUGUUGCUGCAGGGUAAGGGGAUGUGCCCUUUGGUUUUGGUUUAUUCGUUUGGGAGAGGGGUUUGGAGGAGAUUUGAGAUUAGUGGGGUUUAUAAUUACUUACUUUUGCUCUCAUAUAUGAGAGGUGUUGUUCAUGUGGAGGAUGAGAGUGCUAUUUUUUUGGAAUGA